AUGGCCAGAGCUUACUUCGCGUCGAAUCACUACACAUCCACCACGACGACUUGUCUUAGCUCUGCCCAGACCUGCACUAUUACCACUACCGAACCCUCGCCGUCGUCGCCUCCCCCGCCGACUCCAUACAACCUCUCGCGACUCGUCGGCUCUCUCUCGUCCUACAAGGCCGCCGACUACGCCAAUUACAAGUCCCCCAGGCUGCCAAUGCCUCUCGAGCUCGCCAUCUCGUCGCGAGCGCAUUGGCUCAGUCGAGUCCGGUCAUGUCUUCGCCUACUCAUCAUCGUUCUCAGCGGCGCCGUCGUCUGCAUGCUCAUGCACACGUUUGAAAUCUACCGCGGCAACCGCUAUAUCGAUCUGCGCAAGGGCGAGCUGCCCAUGGUCUGGCCUGCCCACACCAACCUCGCGCCUUCUAUUGUUCUGUUUGCCAUUGCCGCCGGCAACUUCCUCGCCUCGGUCGCCAUCCUCACCCUGUCCUUUAAGCGCUCUUUCCGCCGACCAUUUCGCUCACGGGACGUCUACCGCAUCGUCGCUGGAAGCUUUGGAGUCAUCAUGUGGGUCACAGCGUUGGUCGUGUUCAACUUGUUGGACAAGGCAAGUAAAGCCAGCUUGGGAAGGUACUCGUGCACCAACGCGAAUGUCUUGACCAAUGGACGGUACCAGUACCGCGCUGUCUGCGAAGAGCAGGGUGUCGCAUUCUACACUGCUAUUGGUGCAGCUACCGCAGAGCUCAUCACACUCAUCACCCUUGCCAUCUCAGCCCUCCUCUCCGUCAAGAACCAGGAACCUCCACCAACAAUAAAAAUCCGCGAGAAGAACAACUCGAUAAGUUCGGGCUCAAAGUACCACAAACCCUUAAAACGAUAG